CCCCCGCGGGCCACCACCGCAGCCGCGGCGCCGGGGCUGCCCACACCGGAGCCCGGGAUGAGCCUGAUCUGGAAGAGGGGUUUCUACAAGCAGGACGUCAACAAGACGGUCUGGGAGCUGCCCAGGACCUACCUGUCCCCGACGCACGUCGGCAGCGGAGCCUAUGGCUCGGUGUGCUCGGCCAUCGACAAGCGGUCAGGGGAGAAGGUGGCCAUCAAGAAGCUGAGCCGGCCCUUCCAGUCGGAGAUCUUCGCCAAGCGCGCCUACCGGGAGCUCUUGCUGCUGAAGCGCAUGCGUCACGAGAACGUCAUUGGGCUCCUGGAUGUCUUCACCCCCGCCACCUCCCUGCGCAACUUCCAUGACUUCUAUCUGGUGAUGCCCUUCAUGCAGACGGACCUGCAGAAGCUCAUGGGGAUGGAGUUCAGCGAGGAUAAGGUCCAGUACCUGGUGUAUCAGAUGCUGAAAGGUCUAAAGUACAUCCACUCAGCCGGCAUCGUCCACAGGGACCUGAAGCCGGGCAACCUGGCUGUGAACGAGGACUGUGAGCUGAAGAUCCUGGAUUUUGGGCUGGCGCGGCACACGGAUGCCGAGAUGACGGGCUACGUGGUGACGCGCUGGUACCGCGCCCCCGAGGUCAUCCUCAGCUGGAUGCAUUACAACCAGACAGUGGACAUCUGGUCAGUUGGCUGCAUCAUGGCCGAGAUGCUGACGGGGAAGACCCUGUUCAAGGGGAAGGACUACCUGGACCAGUUGACGCAGAUCCUCAAGGUGACCGGGGUGCCAGGUGCUGAGUUUGUGCAGAAGCUUAACGACAAGGCGGCCAAAUCCUACAUCCAGUCCCUGCCGCAGAGCCCCAAGAAGGACUUCACUCAGCUCUUCCCGCGUGCCAGCCCCCAGGCCGUAGAUCUGCUGGACAAGAUACUGGAGCUGGACGUGGACAAGCGCCUGACAGCCGCGCAGGCCCUCGCCCACCCUUUCUUCGAACCUUUGCGGGACCCUGAAGAGGAGACGGAGGCCCAGGAGCCAUUCGAUGACUGCUUGGAACACACAAAACUCACCGUAGAUGAGUGGAAGCAGCACAUCUACAAGGAGAUUGGAAGCUUUAGUCCCAUUGCCAGGAAGGACUCGCGACGACGCAGCGGCAUGAAACUGCAGUGACUGGUCCCGGCCAGCCCCCGCCAGCAGCACGAUGCCCAGGACCAACAGUUACUCGUUACUACCCACAUCCCAGUGCCCCUGGCCAUGCAGCCUCCCAGGCAGACAAUCUGAGGCAGGAAGCAGAACUCUCCCAGGUGCCUGAGGGGAAGAGGUAGCCUGACCACAGUGGAGGGCAUUAAAAAGCCUUCGUGGG